CUAUAAAAGUGUCUGUUCUGCGAAAUGUGAUUUCCAGAACUCUAACCAGUGUUCUUUUUCAGUCUCUGAGAUAGAGUUAUUUUUGGAUUAUUGACCGUGUGAAACUGUACUAUGCUCACAAGAGCACUUUCUCUUGUUUUCCAGUUUGCUGGAAAAUUCUGGCCUUGCAGUAAGACAGUUGACUCUCGUUUCCAGUGGGACUGCAAAACUUGGAAAUGGCCUCCAUCUCAGGCGCUUUUGUGAGUCGAAGCGUACCAGUUGAAGUGGAUGAAUCUGUGAUGUGGUCCCCAUUUGUCGAACGUGCCUUGGAAGAGGCUUCACAAUCUUCUGGUGAGCAUCUGGAGAAUGAGGGGCCCCGGGGACCUGAAGCUGCUCAAACACCUCAGCCCACUGCUGGACCAUCAUGCCUCUACAGAGCACCACCACGUCACCAGCCUGCACCAUCCGAUGUAGCAGCCAUGGAGUUGGACAGCAGUUUAUGGUCAAAAUAUACAGAUCCCGAUGAAGAUGGGCACUUCUGUUCCCCUGGUGAAUCAAUGGCUGGAAUAGUUCCCUCCAAGGCACGUCUUUUAGCGAUGGAAAAAUCAGGUGGGCAUUUGAGAGCUCAGCUUUCAGCUGAUACGGAGCACAAUUCCAGUAAAUCGAGGAAGAGUUUGUCUGAUGUUCCUGAGGAUUCGCUUGAGGACAGCAGCCAAAGGAGUUUACAGCCACAGCAACCCUCAGAAAACAGAGCACCAGCAGAGCUGGUGACUGUGGAUACGGGAUACAAUUCCCAGUCACGAGAUGUCAUGGGCAUCAGGCACUUAGAGCCCCCCUUACCACUGGUGUCUGUGCUGAACCCCCAGGACCUCCCAGGACCCCUGAUCUCCAGAGAGUUUUUUGGACCCGAGCAUCACCAGUAUCCUCUGUGCCAGCACUUGCCCCAUCCCAACAUUUCAUCGCAAGCUCACGGCUGCUUCAGGCACCACUGCCCAGCAGAGCAACACCCGCAGCACCCAUAUGGCAGAAGUCCUUACCAACAUUUUGCACAUACAUCUCAGCCGCUUCCUCCUGUUCCUGGACCUUGCAUGAGAGUUAUCCGUCCAGCCCAGCAAGUUAUCCCGAAUUACUCUAACCUUCGUGCCCCUAAAGGCACCGGAGACAGACAGCCCCAGCGGCCGUGUUCCUCCCCGGCUCAUCCGCGAUUCCCAAACCAGUUAUACAACCAGCUACCUAAUGGUCAGCUACCCCUCAAUGCCUGUGGACCGGAUGAAGUAUGCUGUUGUCCAUCUGACAAUUUUCCAUUUCCAGCUGCUGUCCCAAGACCUCCCAGUAACCCUGCAGCCAAGGGAACUCUGAAAAUGAGCAAUUUGCCCGAGGAAUUGCGCAAGGUCUUUAUAACCUAUUCUGUGGACACAGCCGUGGAGGUCAUGAAAUUUGUGAACUUCCUGCUUGUGAAUGGAUUUCAAACUGCUAUUGAUAUAUUUGAGGACACGGUACGAGGCAUUGACAUCAUUAAGUGGAUGGAACGCUACCUAGGUGAUAAAACGGUGAUGAUAAUCAUAGCAAUCAGUCCAAAAUACAAACAGGAUGUGGAAGGGGCUGAAUCCCAGCUGGACAGGGAUGAACAUGGCUUACAUACUAAAUACAUCCACAGGAUGAUGCAGAUUGAGUUUAUACAACAAGGAAGUAUGAACUUCAGAUUCAUCCCUGUGCUUUUUCCAAAUGCUAAAAAGGAACACGUGCCUACCUGGCUGCAGAACACGCACAUUUAUAACUGGCCAAAGAAUAAGAAGAACAUCCUUUUGCGGUUACUGAGGGAGGAGGAAUAUGUUGCCCCUCCAAUAGGACCUUUACCAACACUCCAGGUUGUGCCGUUAUGAACGUUAUUACUUAAAGCGCAUGACAAGCAGUUGUUAAAAGGGUUGUUCUUGGCAGAGAGCCAACACUCUUCCAGAUGGAGUUUUCUGAGGAUAGAAGACACUCUUUCUGCUAAAGGAAUUAGUUGUCCUGGGUAACUCAGGCUCAGCUUGUUCUCCACCAUGUUAAACGUCUCUUGCUGAAGCUGAUGGGCAGAACUCCUUUCUCUAGACUUUUAACAAGUUGCAACUGGAAAGAAUACCCAGUUUUAUUCUGUUUUAAGAUCUGUUUUUAACAUACUCCUUUAUUAGUCAAUAUAGCAAACAAAUACCAGAAAUAAUGUUGCAAUAAGUGUAAAAUAAAAAUUACAUCCUCUUUUUCGCUCAGGGUUUCUUUACAAGAUAUGCCUUGUACAACAUCAUCAAACAGUUAAUUUGUCUAUGCACUAUUAAAUAUAUUUACCUUU